UGUUUGGAUUUUCAGUCAGGCAUUUGUAAGGACAGCUUAACAGAGAUCAGUGGUCCUGUGUGCGUCCCUGUUGCAUAGAAACGAAAAUAGUCUGGGACGUCGUGCGUUCACCAAACAGUUUCACCUCAGAAAUUGGACCAGAACCUAUUCUGCGGUAAACAACACCCGUUUUAAGAAGCUCAGUCAUUGUUUAUUCUCUAGAUUGUAAUUAGCGGAGUUGUUACAUCUUUAGCUGGGAUGAACAAUGAAACGUAGGGUCUGAAAACUCAUUAUCAGCCUGACCAUGAAGCCAGUAACGGUAACCGUGCCCUCGUCAGUUUAGGUGUUCUAAUAUGGCAAAAUAAACACUGUUGAAGCAGUUGAGUAAUCGGCUAAAGAAGCUAGCUGGCUGCUGAUGGGAGGCUAGCGGUUCUAUAUUAACUCUGACCGAGGAGAUUCACCUGGUGGUUCUCAAGUCCUCUUUAACACGACACAUUACUGAGGGACCAGGGCGGAAAUGGCUGAUCACAUUGGCUGCAUCCCUGAACUAGACCAAAAGAAAUACGAUGCACGCGAACAAGUGAAGAUCAUUUGCCUGGGAGACAGCGCUGUGGGUAAAUCAAAGCUGAUGGAGCGGUUUCUUAUGGACGAGUUUCGUCCACAGCAGCUGUCCACAUAUGCGUUGACUUUGUACAAACACACAGCGAGCGUAGGAAACAAGACUGUUACAGUCGAUUUCUGGGACACAGCUGGUCAAGAGCGAUUUCAGAGCAUGCAUCCUUCAUACUAUCACAAAGCUCAUGCAUGUAUCAUGGUUUUUGAUGUUCAAAGGAAGAUCACAUACAAAAACUUAGCCAACUGGUAUAAAGAGCUAAGAGAGUACAGACCUGAGAUUCCCUGUUGUGUGGUAGCUAACAAAAUCGAUGCCGACUUAAAGGUCACACAGAGAAGUUUUAGCUUUGCGAAGAAACAAGGGCUUCCAUUUUACUUUGUCUCAGCGGCGGAUGGAACCAAUGUAGUAAAGAUGUUCAGAGAGAUGAUCAACAGAGCAGUGGACUACAAACAAAACCCCAGUGACUUCAUGGAUGAAGUGUUGGAAGAAUUAGAGAACUUUGACCUGGAAAAGAAAGAGGAGAACUCUGAGGCCGAGGAGGACGAGCUGAAAGCAGAGAGUCCAGAGUUGGCAUGAAGGGUCUGAAUCAACCGGCACAUUAUUUAUUCUUGUCUAAGUUUUGAACAUUUAACUUACUGGAUUGAAAGUCUCUAGCUGGAAACUGGCAUGUGAUCAAUUUCAAUCACUGUUGUCCAUCUGUCCAGUGCGAGGAACCAGGAAAUGAACCCAAAGUAAUAAUUUGGUUCCGUCUAGCUUUUCAGCUUCUGUGUUUUAGCUCCUAUGCUCACAAUUUGAAACUCUUAUUAGGGAUAGUUACUUUAAUAGAAUGUUUUCUGGAGUGUGACAAAAACUGUACUCUGUGUAAUAACAAUGUGAAGCAUGAAAAACUGACACAGCAAAGAUAAUGUGCAAUUAUAAAGUGUAUUUCCUGCUGUUCUCAGUGUUUGUGUGUAGUGUUGUGUGGAGCGCCAGCAGGCUGCCUGCAUCUGUUGGCUGCUUUACUUGCAUUAAUUUUAUGAUGUAAUUUUUUUUUUUUCUAGCGCCUUGUAAAUGAAAGCCUAAUGUACCCUAUAACCAACUGUGAUCAUGACCCUUUGCAUCUUGCUGUGAUGCCGCGUAAUCAACUGAACAUCAGCGUUUUAUAAGAAACAGCUGCUACUCAUACCCGAGUCUGUUACUGUGAAGAUAAGCAACUUUAAUAGGUAUAAAGUUUUGAGAUACAACUUUUGCCUUUUGUCAAGUUUUGUUUUGCAUUUGUCCAAAUUCUCUGACUUUUUCAAACUUUUUAUGUGUAAUUGGAACAGAAGCAAAAUUAUAGAAAAGCGACACGCAUACAGGCGGCCGAAUGCAUGUAGUUCAGUGAAAAAGGUGUUUGGUCCCUCACAGAUUUCAGAUUUCUUCAGUUUCUUGGUAUUUUUACAGUUUCAGAUCAAACAGAUUUUAGUGCCAGAUAAAGGUAACCUCAGAAAACAUAAAUGUUUUCAAACUUUCAUUUGACAUUUUAAAGUAAAAUCUUGACAACUGUGAGAUGGACAUUUUGCUUUCUUUAAGCUAACCAGAGGUUUUGGAGACAUUUUUGCCUGCUCCCUUAAUGUUGCAUCAUGAGCAUUAGCUUUAAUGAUUAGAAUGAGGUCCACAUUGAUGUAAAUGUUAUGAUUUAUUUCAUGUCCAGUGAGUAAUUUUGCUAAAUUGGCAAAUCCUGGAAAGGUC